AUGAACUUAGAAAGAACUCCUCGUGUAGUCACUUCUCGAUGCAAAAUAGUGUAUAAAACUCCUAACUGGAAUGUACAUCAGUUCAAAAUAAUUAGCGGCGAAGUGCUAUGUACAGUUGCUGUAUUGAAAAUGAUCGACUCCUUACUAAUUUGGGUAGGCAAUCUGGGCAACAGUCAAUGUGAACUCAAUGAAAUAGCAUUAGGAAUGUCAACAAAUGUUAGUAACGGAUCGAGCAGCAGGACAGCUAUCGCUACGACUUUGCUAGGUACUGAGGACAUUGGCACAGCAAUGGCACGAAGGCUUUCAUCGUUCUUGAAGCGGCCAGUGUAUGUGUGCUCCGGGAACCGAUUUGACAGAUUCACAACACCUCUAGUGGAACAUGGUAUAAUGUCUGAAAUUAAAACUAGACCUGAGUUUUUUUUAUGA